AAAGAGCGGAUUGUUAGCUGUGUUUUGUCCUGGAGAGCCUCUUUUGACCUAAUGGCAGCACCUCCGUUGGGCCGCCUGGUGCUGACCCAUCUGCUGGUGGCCCUUUUCGGCAUGGGCUCCUGGGCUGGGGUCAACGGGAUCUGGGUACAGCUGCCUGUAGUGGUGAAAGAGCUCCCGGAAGGUUGGAGUCUCCCAUCGUACCUCUCCGUGCUUGUGGCGCUGGGGAACCUGGGUCUGCUGCUGGUGACCCUAUGGAGGCAUCUGGCCCGCGGCAAGGGCGAGCGGGUCCCCAUCCAAGUGGUGCAGGGGCUAAGCAUAGUGGGCACAGCUCUGCUGGCCCUUCUGUGGCACCAUGUGACCCCAGUGGCAGGGCAGCCCCACUCUGUGGCUUUCCUAACACUGGCGUUUGUACUGGCACUGGCCUGCUGUGCUUCUAAUGUCACUUUCUUGCCCUUCCUGAGCCACCUACCACCUCCCUUUUUACGGUCUUUCUUCCUGGGUCAGGGCCUGAGUGCUCUGUUGCCCUGUAUGCUAGCCCUGGUGCAGGGGGUGGGCCGCCUUGAGUGCCUGCCUGUGCCUGCCAAUGGCACCACUGGGCCUUCUAUCAAGUUGUCUCCCAUCAACUUCCCUGAGCGCUUUUCUGCCAGCACUUUCUUCUGGGUGUUGACUACCCUUCUGGGCAGUUCAGCUGCUGCCUUCCAAGGUCUCCUGUUACUACUGCCAUCACUGUCAUCUGUACCCACAGUGGGUACAGGGCUUCAGAUAGAGUCGCCAGGAACAGAGGAGGAAGAGGCCUCACCGUUGCAGGAUCCACCAGGCCAGGUGGCGGGCACUAUUCCUAGCCCAGACCCUAAUUCCUACCAGCUGUUCUCCUUCCGAAGUGCCUGUCUACUGGGGCUGCUGGCUGUCACCAACGCGCUGACCAACGGUGUGCUGCCUGCUGUACAGAGCUUUUCCUGCCUGCCCUAUGGGCGCCUGGCCUACCACCUGGCUGUCGUACUGGGUAGCUCAGCCAACCCCCUUGCCUGCUUUCUGGCCAUGGCGGUGCUGUGCAGGUCUCUGGCAGGGCUGUAUGGUCUAUCUCUCCUGGGCACGCUCUUUGGAGCCUACCUGAUGACACUGGCAGUCCUAAGUCCCUGUCCUCCUCUGGUGGGCACCUCAGCAGGUGUGGUCCUCGUGGUGAGUAUAAUGGGUGGCGUGAAGCAGGAAUAGGGCUUGUCUCAGGGCAAGGGGAUUUGGUGCCCGGCCUGCUGCUGCAAAACUCCGUUCUUCCCCCACUUCCAGGUGCUCUCAUGGGUACUGUGCGCAGGCCUGUUCUCAUACGUCAAGGUGUCGGUCAGUUCCAUGUUGCACAGUGGAGGCCGGCCAGCAUUGCUUGCAGCUGGUGUGGCAAUUCAGGUGGGCUCUCUGCUGGGUGCCAUCGCCAUGUUCCCUCCCACCAGCAUCUAUCAAGUAUUUCAAAGUAGGGAGGACUGCGUGGACCAGUGUGACCGUUGAACCUGGAUGUGUGGGACUUAUUUCGCACUUGUCUCCCCCCGGCACCCAUGGCCCAAGGUGGUCUGUCUCCCUACUCAGAGAUAUACUCAUGGAUAUCACACACUCCAUAAGAGACCUGGCUUUUGCAGAAAGACCAGAGUGAGGACCAAAGAGCAGGCCUGGAUCCAGGCAUAGGUUAGGGGCUUUGGCCUUCACCUUGGGACCUUUGUGGGAUUUGCACAAUAAAACAUCUUUCUCCAGCGGGUUGUUAAUCCCAUGAACACAGCUCCCUGGGCCAGGUCUAUUUCCCUCUAUAGGAGUUACGUCUUCCCAAGAUCCUGGUGAAACUUCUGGGCGGGCAUUCACCCACCCGCCUAGUUGCUUUCCCAGGGCCUUGGGUGACCCCAGGACUCCUGCCACCAUUGCUUUUUUUAGAACUACCUUGGGAGAUGAAGGCCAACUCCCAGGGCCCACAUGGAGCAGAAACAGUAUAAUGCCUCUAGUCGGCUCGGAGUUGGCUGAAUAAGCACAGAGCCACUGCUCCAUGGCACAUCUUGAGGGUGUAAGGGUCUGACGUGCUUGGGAAGUCAUCCAACCUGGCUACCCAAGACCCUCCUGCCAAGAUAAUUUUAUCUUCAUGGGUGUUUUGCCUGAGGAGGUCAGAAGAGGGUGUCUGAUCCCCUGGAACUGCAGUUAUAGGC